UCUAUGCUAGCCAUUGCAAUAUAUAAAGUGCAAAAAGCAUAGCAUAGUAGUGGUACUGCUACCCAAGAUUAAGCAAUAAGCAUGGCUUCCUUCAAGCUUGUCUACUACCUCUUAACCCUUCUCAACUUCAUCAAUUUGGUAUUCACUAAAGCGCAGGACGACCUUGGUUUUAUGGACAACUUUUGUUCUGAGAACCUAACCACACCAAACAGCCCGUUCCAGUCGAACGUGAGGAGCCUUCUCUCUGACUUAUCCUCCCACGCCACCGCUAAUAACAAUCCAUACUACAACACCACAGUCGCCACUGCAAACCACUCCCACACAGCCUAUGGAAUGUUCUUCUGCUUCGGUGACGUCCCUCCUCACCGUUGUACCCAAUGCGUCGCUAACGCAACCCAAGAAAUGCUCUCACUCUCAUAUUCUCAUGACAAUUGUUCCUUGUCCACAGAGGCAUAUCUUAAGUACGAUGACUGCAUGAUCCGCUUUUCCAACCGUUCUUUCUUCUCCACCGUUGACUUAACUCCAUUCGGAGGUUCUAUGUGCAGCCCUUUUAAUGAGGAAAACUUGACGAGUUUAGUUUCCAAAACGAUGAAAGAAGCGGCAGAUAAGGCAGCGAUUUCUCCUAUUGGUGUCAAGAAGUACGCCACAAAGCAAGCAAGGGUAUAUGGAUUUAAGACCCUUUACUGUGAGGCUCAGUGCACACCAGACCUGUCACCCCAAGAUUGCAAAAAAUGUCUAAAUGUUGCUCAAGAGAACUGCCAAGGUUUACCGCGGUUUCAUUUUAUCAGCUGUAAGAUGAGCUGCUAUUGGUACCCAUUCUAUCGCCCCAGUACCGCUGCGGCACCAACACAACUCGUUCCGCUCACAAAUCCUUCCAACACAGACUCACAACAUUCUACUUAUCUUUCCAAAAAUUGUUCCACCAUCAUCAUCACCGACCCCACUUUUCAAUCGAGUCUCAUAGCCCUCCUCUCUUACUUGUCUUCCAACUCCACUACCACCAAAAACGGUUUCUUCGAGACCAAAGUCCACACUCUCACUGGUUUCUUCAUGUGCUUUGGGGACUUUUCCCCUACUCUCUGUCACCAAUGUGUCCUAAAUGCAACCCAAACAAUAUCCUCGCAGUGCCCCUCCUCCAAAGAGGCUAUCAUUUGGUACAAUCACUGUUUGCUUCAUUAUUCCGAUCGCCCAUCUCUCUCCGCACUAGAUACAAGUCCUGCAUAUAAGCACUUGAAUAUCGUCAACUAUACUUCCAACCCUAACCAGCUGCAAAGCUUCUUCACUUGGACUUUGGCCAACACUUUAUAUCCACUGCAGUAUGACACAGACGGCAGUAGCAGUACCAUUAAGAAUUAUGGAAAAAAACAAGUAAAACUGAAUGAUCACCAAACUCUCCAUACUCUUGUUCAAUGCACACCAGACCAGCCUAAUUUGGAUUGCAUCAGCUGUAUACAAAACAUUUUUAACAACGAAAUUCCAUGGUGUUGUAUGGAGAUUCCAGAGGGAAGAGUACUAUAUCCAAAAUGCUAUAUGAUGUUUGGAUUGUCCCCGUUUGAUGGAUAUACUCCCCAAAUUCAGGAGCUCAGGUCAGCUACAGGUGACGUUCUCAUUCAGUCAAUAUUUAUACACCUACAUCACCUAUUUUUUCAACUUUCUAACUUAUGUAGCGUGUGCUAUGCCGGGCGUAGUGACCAGUCGGGUCGUUACACGCUACGGGCUAUAGCCCCCCUUUUUUUACACGUAGGGGAAUCACUAAGGGCUACAAUGCCUCCCAUUAAUUUUUUUUUGGGAGUUACAUUGGGCCACAUUGAUUCUUACCAUGCAUUCUGCCAAUGA